AUGAAUGGAUAUAUUGCUAGCAAAAAAACUGGUAGUAUUGUGUGUCAAAUAUCAAAUCAACAUAAAGAAUUUGUUGAAAAAAAUAGAAGUUAUUUGAAAACACUCAUUGACAUAGUAUUGUAUUUGGGAAAACAAGGAAUUGCAUUCCGUGGAAAUUUUGAGGAUAAAGAUUCAUUAAACCAAGGAAAUUAUAUUGAACUUUGUAAAAUGAUGAGUAAAUACAUUCCCGACUUUCAUCAAAUAUAUAAUAGAGAAAUAAACUAUACAAGUCCCUUAGUACAAAAUGAACUAGUUGAGAUUUGUGCUGAAAAUGUUCAUAGCAUGAUUAGAGCAGAAGUAAAGAAAGCUGGUAAUUUUUCAAUUAUGUGUGAUGAAGCUAGGUGUCACAAGCAAGAACAUAUGUCUCUUUGCAUUAGAUAUGCUAUUGAUUUUAAUGUAUACGAACGUUUUUUGGGAUUUAUUAAUGUAUCUGAAAACCAGAAUGCUACUUCACUUGUAGAUGCUAUUUUAUCCUUUUUAAAAAUGUUUAAACUAGAUAGUCUUCCUAUUAUAGCUCAAUCUUAUGACGGAGCAAAUGUCAUGUCUGGUUGUAAAGGGGGAGUACAAACUUUACUUAGAAAACACCAUACAAAUGCUAUUUACAUCCAUUGUAUGGCACAUCGAUUAAACCUUGUCGUAGUUGAUAUGUGUAAAUAUGUGAAGUAUGCUAAACAUGUAUUUAAUGGGUUGGAGGCUAUUUACGUUCAUUUUUCAACACCAUCAAAGAAUAAGAAACUUCAAGACAUGCAAAAAAAUUUACAAAUUAACAAGAGUACACUAUCAAGUAUUAGUGAUACCAGAUGGGUGUGUAGACAUACAAAUUGCAAAGCUGUUAUAGUUAAUUUCACAUCAAUUGUCAAUAUUUUAAGACAAGAAAUAAAUGAAAACAAUGACCGCAAUGUGACUACAGCUAUGGGUAUUUUAGCUACUCUUUUAAAAGGAGAAUUUGUGGUUCAUUUACAUAUAAUGCAUUUUGUAUUGAAUAUUAUAAAUAUCUUGAGUAAUAAACUGCAAAUGAAAACAGCAACUUUAGGCCAAGCUGCUAACACUAUUGAGGGAGUUAUUCAAACUUUUGAAAAAAGUCGAAAUGCUGAAUCCUUCUUAGAAUUAUGGGAAUCUAUUGAAGAAUUUUCAAAAAAACAUACUAUCAAUCUAAUCUUACCUAACAAUAAAGAUAUUGAAAAUUCAAAAAGAAAGAGAAGAGAACCAAGCUCCUUAAGUAAUUUUGUAGUAACAACUACAACAGGUGCAGAAGAUCAAAAUGUAAUUAAAGGUGUAAGAACUGUCAAAGAUUAUUGGAUGUUAAAUGCUUAUAUCCCAGUACUUGAUGCUAUAAUUAUAAAAUUAAAAACAAGAUUUUCUACCGAAAGCCUAAAAUUUGCUAAGUCAGUUGACACAUUUUUAGAUCUUCAUUAUGAAAAAGAUUCCUGUUUUGUCAAUCAUUAUAAACCAAAAAUUGUUUGGAAAACAAAAAAAAAGGAUUGUGAAGCUCUAACUCAAGGAGAGAUACUUCAUUCUGUUGUAAAAUGUGACAUAUAUCCAAACAUCUACAAAUUAUUGCAUGUUGCAUUGUCUAUUCCUAUUGGUUCUGCUUCUUGUGAACGAUCGUUCUCCUCAAUGAGAAGAAUUAAUACUUAUUUAAGAUCAAAUAUGGCACAAAACAGAUUUACAAAUUUAAGUAUUCUUAACAUUGAGCGAGAAUUAUCAAACACAAUUAAAAAUGAUGAUAUUCUUAACCAAUUUGCACAAAAAGAUAGAAAAAUGCAGUUAUAA